CUGUCUCUCUGUGUCUGUGUCUCUCCCAUUACCCCCAAUUGCAGGUGCAGCCCAGCAGGACAACUGAUGGAGUCCCCCAGGGCCCAUCAAGUACUGGACUGGCUGACCCCAUAGGGUUGGGAACAGCCCCUGCCCCUCAGUAUGGCCAACACCACUGGAGAGCCUGAGGAGGUGAGCGGCGCACUGUCCCCGCCAUCAGCAUCAGCUUAUGUGAAGCUGGUGCUGCUGGGACUGAUCAUGUGCGUGAGCCUGGCAGGCAACACCAUCUUGUCCCUGCUGGUGCUCAAGGAGCGUGCCUUGCACAAGGCUCCUUACUACUUUCUGCUGGACCUGUGCCUGGCUGACAGCAUACGCUCUGCCGUCUGCUUCCCCUUUGUGCUGGCUUCUGUGCGCCACGGCUCCUCAUGGACCUUCAGUGCACUCAGCUGCAAGAUUGUGGCCUUUAUGGCCGUGCUCUUUUGCUUCCAUGCAGCCUUCAUGCUGUUCUGCAUCAGCGUCACCCGCUACAUGGCCAUCGCCCACCACCGCUUCUAUGCCAAGCGCAUGACACUUUGGACAUGCGCAGCUGUCAUCUGCAUGGCCUGGACCCUGUCUGUGGCCAUGGCCUUCCCACCCGUCUUUGAUGUGGGCACCUACAAGUUUAUCCGUGAGGAGGACCAGUGCAUCUUUGAGCAUCGCUACUUCAAGGCCAAUGACACAUUGGGCUUCAUGCUUAUGUUGGCUGUGCUCAUGGCAGCCACACAUGCUGUCUAUGGCAAGCUGCUCCUCUUCGAGUACCGUCACCGCAAGAUGAAGCCAGUGCAGAUGGUGCCAGCCAUCAGCCAGAACUGGACAUUCCAUGGCCCUGGGGCUACUGGCCAGGCUGCUGCCAACUGGAUUGCUGGCUUUGGCCGUGGGCCCAUGCCACCAACCCUGCUGGGUAUCCGGCAGAAUGGGCACACAGCCAGCCGGCGGCUGCUGGGCAUGGACGAGGUCAAGGGUGAAAAGCAGCUGGGCCGCAUGUUCUAUGCGAUCACACUGCUCUUCCUGCUCCUCUGGUCACCCUACAUUGUGGCCUGCUACUGGCGAGUGUUUGUGAAAGCCUGCGCCGUACCCCACCGUUACCUGGCCACAGCUGUUUGGAUGAGCUUCGCCCAGGCUGCCGUCAACCCGAUCGUCUGCUUCCUGCUCAACAAGGACCUCAAGAAGUGCCUGAGGACUCAUGCCCCCUGCUGGAGCACAGGAGGUGCCCCGGGUCCCAGAGAACCCUACUGUGUCAUGUGAAGCAGGCUGGUAGGCAGACAGGCAGGAAGGUCACCAUGAUGGGGCCACCUGAAAGGGAGAGGUGCGGCCCCAUACAGGAGCCUUUCUUUCUGAGCUCCAGACCCAGCCCCUCGAACCACCUGGAAUCUAGGCACCUUUGCCAACACCUCCCCAGGGUUGGGGACCGGGUGGGGGUGGGGGACUGGGAAAAAGGCAUUUCUAGUUCUGUGGGGCCUGUCUCAGCCACCUCCUUCUCCACUUCUACAAUCUCUCUCCUUUUCUCUCUCUCUCUCUCCCCCACCCCCAGAAGUGACAAUUCAGAAAAAGAAAAGAAAACUGAAAAUGCAGGUUUUUCUACUAAUAGCUGAGGAGACAGGCUUUCUUGCUUUAAUGUCUCUCCUUCUGACAUUGUCCAGAAAGGGGAAAUUUGUCCUGUAAAAUAGACUUCCAGAGCUCUUAUUGCCCCCUCUGCUCCCAUGCACCCACCCCUUCCAAGUCCUUUAGCAAGGUCUGGAUGUCUAGGGAGAAAUUGGUAUGCUGGCAAGAGGGAUCAAGGGGGGUGCUGGGUCCCCAAGGAGCAGGGAUGUUGAAUUGCUAUGUUGUGUGCAAUGUUGUUUUAGGCUAACCCUGGUCCCAAGCCCAGUCUCCUCUCCCUCCCCACCAUGUCCAGACCUCCCAAGUGUUUCUUGAGUAUGUGUUUGAGAAGCCAGGAGAGGAGGGAGAAGGGCCCCUGGGAUGAGCCCAGGCUAGGUGAAAAGCAGGAUGUGAGCUGCAUGCCUCGAGCUGAAGAGACCUGAGCUUGACUGCAUUCUCUUGAGCUGCCUCCUGGAUCCCUGGCCAACUCUUCCUGAGAGUGGAAAUCCACUCCAGCCCCACUAAGGCUGAUGUGGGUGCCAUACAGGCAGGAGCAGCACCCCCAGGGAAGUGUAGGGAGAGAACCAAACACCCCAGAGUAGCUGGAUCCCAGAGCUUGGGGUCAGAGUGAAAUUCAAUCCCAGAAUUGUCUCCUGGGUUCACGCUACUCUCCUGAAGAUGAAAAUUCUUUUGGGGCCUUGGUAACUCAUAGUGGUGUAAGCUCUGAGGCAUUGUGGACUUGAGUCCAUUCCUAUCUGACCUCUUUUUGUCCUCCUCAAGCCUCAGGGGCCUCAAGCCCCUCCCUGGUAGCCCUUGACCUUCUGGGUCCUCAGUCUCCAAAUCCCUUCCCCCAGACAGCUCUUCUCCCCCUUCCUCCCUUCAACCUUACCUCCACCCAAACGGGAGCAGACUUCAGCCAGAUUCUCCAGGUGGGAAAUCCCAAGCCUCCAUCCCGGGGCAGAAUCCACUCUGGGCUCACGUCAAGGCCAGUUCUUGUGGACUGGUGAGCCAAGUUGGCAUUCCUUUGCCCAGUCUUGCCUGGGUUCUCUGUCCCUCUCUCAUUUUCGGGGGGAGGGGAAGAUCUAUAUUUAUCCUCCCCCUUUUCCCUUCCCUAUAGAAGCCCUUGUCCUAAGCUCCUUCCCUACCCCAGGACAGUCCCAUAGCUGGGGAAGCCUUGAGCCAAGAGGAAUGGGGAGGGCACUCUAGGCAGGAGAGACAUUAAUGAGCCUGGCUGUGGAGUGGCCCUGGAAAUGCAGGCCAGAGUGGCUGAGAGGCUGGGGGUGGGAGGGUACCUGUUCUCUCAGUGAUAGUGAUGGGGUGCCUUUCCCAGGGGGUGGGGCGGGGGAACCACAGGGGUGGGGGUAGAUAGGGUACAUUCAGGAGGGUUUUCCUCCAUUUCUUUUUUCUAACUGCCUGGAUUCACCAUUGGAUUUUGUAAAUGGAAAACUGAAAUGAACAGUGCUAUAUUGGAUGUUUUCUCUUUCUGCCUGUGUGUGUGUGUGUGUGUGUCUGUGUGUCUGUGUGUCUUGUGUGACAUGUGGAGAGGUAUGGCCGAGUGAGACAGUGUGUGUCCGUGUGACUUUGUGUGGGGAAGCACCUCUGCCUGGCACACCCAUGUGAGCAAAUGCCUGUAUGUGGAGACAUAUGAUGCAUGCGUGCACACACAUACACCUGUGCACCUAACUGAAAGGAGACAAACUAGAGCAUGUGCCUGUGGCAGGAAGUAGAGUAGUCGGAGAGAUGGAACUUGAAAACUGUACGUAUGUAUGUAGCAAUAGGUAGACUCCCACCUCAUAAGAUCUUCCUCCCUUGUCCCAGGCUCUGAACAUGGGGGACAGGAUGCUUGAGAACCCCACCUCUUCCCACAGCCUGGAGCCCCCAGGUACCACUCCCAACUCCUGUAUCAGUCUCCUCUCCAAAACCCAAACAAGGUGUUGCUGAAACUGGACCACCAUGAGGAUCAAACCUGGGGGAAAUUGAUGGGGUUAGGAAAUGCCCCCCACAAAGUAAUGGCUUCUGGAGGGAUUGCUCAGUUUGCAGCGGGAGCCCUUCCCAAGGGUCCACUGUAUAUAGCUGGGACUUUGAUAAGCUUUGACUAAAUUCAGGGGGAGGGAAAUGUCACAGGGGGAAAACACUCAAGCCUGGAAGUCUACCCAGCCAGCCUGCUCCCCAGGCACUCAAUUACUUUACCAUUUGUUUACUUAUUCUCUCAGGUGCACAGAAUUGAGCUGACCUUACUUACUCCUCAGUUCUUGGCACACUAUAUCAUCAUUAGUCCAUGAGAGGCCCUUUUCUUUAUUUUGUUUUAGUUUGUCCCCUUCAUCACCCAUCCCUGAUCCCAUCCCCCCUCCCACAUAGGCACCUACUCUCCUGUAUUUAACUUACGUCCUUCCAAUCCACCGUUCAUGUGUUUAUUUACAUAUAUGUGUAUCUGUGAAAAAUAUAUGGUAUUGUUGUGUUUUUAUUUACAUAAACAGUAUUGUACUAUAAA